AUGUGCACUAAUGAGGCUGCAGUGAUGGGCACUGAUAUGCUGCUCUGAUGGGCACUGAUAAGGGCACUGAUGAGGAGGCACUGAUAGCGGGGUGGACCGACCAACUCAUGGGGCCCCCGGGCAAUAGGGGAUCAUGGGGCCCCUGUGUCCUUGCCCAAACUCAAAAAAGCCUAUGAAAAAGGUACCAGGGGCAUCUCAUGGGGCCCCCUACUGACCCCAGGCCCUCGGGCAGUGCCUGAGUUUCCAAAUGGGCAGUCCGCCCCUG